AUGGUUUUUAACCCGCUCAAGCUCGCCAUUGCCAACAGUCCUCGAAGACUGGCCCUGAACCGCUUCAACCUAAUCAUCAAUAAUGACAAGAACUUCCCCGCCGGCCCUGGUACACACAGAUGGACCAUCAUGUCUAAGAUGUCCUCCCGCAUGGCCCCUCCACCCAAGUCAGGCCCUACCAAGAAAACAGUGCUAUCUGAUCUCCGCAAGACUAUGGAUCUGCCGGCGUCCGGCCAAGUGACCGUGGCCGACUGCAAGGAGUGUAACUUUGAAGGCUUGUCAACUGCCCAGGCCUUGGGCACUGACUCGGACGGCUUCCUGCGUUCGGCCAAUGUCUUCGAAGACCCGUUCCGUCAAGGCAAGAACGUGCUGGUCCUCGUCGAAUGCUACAACUCGGACAGGAAGCCGUUGAUUGGAAAUUGUAAUAAAAUCACUGUUUGUCUAGAGUUGAAAUUUUUUUAUCCUUCUUUAUGGGCAAAGUAA